GAUUGUUCAAUUUGUCAUGUCAGUGUUGAUGGUUUUGUCAGUAAAUGUUUGGUUUUGUAAACUUGAACAACAUGAUUGUCUUCUGAAUCAUAGUCCUAAAGCACCGCAGAACUUUGAUAUACAACAGCUUAACAACUCGUUUCGUUUUGAACCUCACAGUAAGGUUUAUCGGGAAAGUGACCUUAGAAAACUGUGUAGAAGGUACGUUGGUCAACGUACAGAGUUUGAAGAAACACAAGUAGAGCAGGCUGUAUUAUUUAAAGAAGACAUGGAGAGACUUUUUUGUCUAACUGGGUAUAAACCAGUAUUCGCUCAACAAUUAGCAAACUGCUUCUUUUCCUCUUUGAACCGUGCCUUGUGGACCCAUUCCAGUAAUCAAAAACGACAAUAUGGUAAUAUUCCACAGACUGGUCAUAUACGGAGUUGUCAAUUAGCUCUUUAUUUAGCCAAAUGCGUAGAGUUACAAGGAGGAGUGGUGACUGACGAAACUUGGGAGGAUAUUAUGGUGGCUCUCCAUUGGAUUGGCCAUCGUCUUCCCAUAGUUAUUCUCCUUGGAGGGACUUCAGGUUGUGGCAAGUCCACCCUUGCUUAUAUGUUGGCAAGGAAGUUGGGAGUCAACAAAGUAAUAUCGACGGAUACCAUUCGAGCUUGUUUAAGAACACUUUCUACACCAAAUGAUACCUUUUAUGGCGUUUUACAUUCUUCAAGUUAUGAAAUAGACUCUCAUCUUCCACCGGAGUUUAUUGCGUCCGAAACAACUCCUCGAAAACGUUUACUCAAAGCAUAUAAACUUCAAGUAGAAUUGAUGGAACCUCUUAUACAUAAUUUGAUUGCGAAUAGUCUUUGGCAAAAGGAAUCUCUCGUUGUGGAAGGAGUCCAUUUAUCGGUAAAGAUUAUGAAACAACUUGUGGAAGAAUUUCACGUGGUUAUUCCGUUCAUCACAUAUAUUAGCAAUGAAGCCAAACAUGUGAAUAGAUUUGCAGUUCGCGUGAAGUAUAUGGCAUUGAAUUCAAGAGGUAACAAAUAUGUCAAGAAUUUUCAACACAUUCGUCAAAUACAAGAAUAUUUAUGCAUGAAAGCAGAUAGUGCAGGAUUUCCAAAGAUAGAUAAUACAAAUACCGAUCGAAGUUUGGCUGCUGCUCAUGCAUUGGUUUUUUCUUGUAUAAAGGAAUUUUGGCGUCAUUAUACUCAAGACAAAAGAGAAAGUCAUGUCCUUUUACCUGGAAUUAUUACAAGAGGAACAGAGAAGAUGAUAUGGAAAAGUUCAAGAAUGGCUUUAUUGGAUAUUUGUUUGCAUCGAAUCGAGAAACUUUCUAUUGAAAACGGAGAAGCAACCAUGAAUAGUCCACAAAAUGAAACACAAAAUUUAGUCCUUCUCAAAGGAAAACUUAAAAGAUUGAUGAGUGGACAAAAGUAUGAAACAAAGCAGCUUGUAGAAUAUUUGAGACAGAUUUGCUCUGAGAGUGAGAAGGAUGACCGCAAAGGAGAUUAACUUUUUGGAAUCAUAUCGUUCAUUUUUAUCCAAUU